CCUUCUACUCCAAAAAAAAGAGCGCGACGGUGAGAAAGUGAGCUAAAUCUCGUCGCCGGCGAUCUCGUCGGAGAUGUCGUUGCGGCCGGGAACGCGGGUGGAGGUGCGGAAGAAGGGGUACAAGACGGGGGUGGACGUGGAGGAGGCGCGGAGGCGCCGGGAGGACAACCUUGUCGAGAUCCGCAAAAACAAGCGCGAAGACAACCUCCUCAAAAAGCGCCGCGAGGCUAUCCUCCUCGCCGCCUCUGCCGCUCCCUCUCUCGAUCCCGCUUCCCUCCCCUCCGCCCCGAUCGAUAAGAAGUUGGAAAGCCUUCCUGCAAUGGUACAAGGGGUAUGGUCUGAGAAUCCCACUUUACAGUUGGAAGCCACCACUCAGUUCAGGAAGCUCUUAUCAAUCGAGCGCAGUCCUCCAAUUGAGGAAGUCAUCAAGGCAGGGGUUGUCCCACGGUUUGUUGAAUUUCUUUCAAGACAUGAUCUGCCACAACUGCAGUUUGAGGCUGCUUGGGCACUGACAAAUGUUGCUUCUGGAACUUCUGAACAUACAAGAGUUGUGAUAGAACAUGGUGCUGUCCCAAAGUUUGUGCAGCUUCUGAGCUCUCCAAGUGAUGAUGUUAGGGAACAGGCUGUAUGGGCCCUAGGUAAUGUAGCUGGUGACUCCCCAAGUUGUAGGGAUCUUGUUCUUGGUCAUGGUGCCCUGAUCCCGUUGCUGGCUCAGUUGAAUGAGCAUUCAAAAAUAUCUAUGCUGCGGAAUGCUACCUGGACACUAUCUAACUUUUGCCGAGGAAAGCCACCAGCACCAUUUGAGCAGACAAGACCUGCGCUGCAAGCACUUCAGCACCUAAUUCACUCAACUGAUGAGGAAGUUCUAACUGAUGCUUGUUGGGCUCUUUCCUACCUUUCUGAUGGAACCAAUGACAAAAUUCAAGCGGUGAUUGAGGCUGGUGUCUGUCCAAGGCUUGUGGAGCUUCUGCUUCAUCCAUCUCCUACAGUCCUAAUUCCUGCUCUGAGGACAGUGGGUAACAUUGUCACCGGAGAUGAUUCUCAGACUCAGUUCAUAAUAGACAACGGGGUACUCCCUUGUCUCCUCCAACUUCUGACCCAAAGCUACAAAAAGAGCAUCAAGAAAGAAGCUUGUUGGACCAUUUCAAACAUCACUGCUGGAAAUAGAGCUCAGAUCCAGGCUGUCAUUGAUGCAAACAUCAUCAGUCCUCUAGUGCAUCUACUGCAACAUGCAGAAUUUGACAUCAAGAAAGAAGCUGCAUGGGCCAUAUCAAAUGCAACUUCCGGUGGUUCAAGUGAGCAGAUUCACUACUUGGUGAGUCAAGGCUGCAUUAAGCCACUAUGUGAUCUUCUUGUCUGCCCAGACCCGAGGAUUGUAACAGUCUGCCUUGAAGGCCUUGAGAACAUCCUAAAGGUGGGUGAGGCCGAAAAAGAACUGGGGAAAACUGAUGGAGUGAAUAUCUACGCUCAGAUGAUCGACGAUUGUGAGGGUUUGGAUAAAAUCGAGAAUCUCCAGGGCCACGACAACAAUGACAUAUAUGAAAAGACCAUUAAGAUCUUGGAGACAUAUUGGGUUGAGGACGAAGAGGAAGAACGAAAUGGAGCAGGCCCUAAUGACGAAGAACAAGUAUUUCAUUUCGGCGGAGGCCAGCCAGCUCUUCCUAAUGGUGGAUUCAAAUUUGGCUGAUUGUACCCAAAUAUCUUGUUUUCACAACUCAAUAGGUGUUUUUUUGCUAGAACACAUUCAUCCUGUUUCAAUACUUAAUUUUCCUGCCAAAGGAUCAGGGAUUUUUUUUUUUAUUAAUUUUUUUAAUUGCAUUGGUUUAUGAAUUAGUUUUUAUAUGACAGACUGCUAUACUUGUUUGUCUUUCAUGUAUUUGAGAAUUGUAAUCUCCCUGUUGGAUUGUGUCAUGUUCAUGGCAUCCAGUGUUCUUUUUUAUCUGUA